CAUAGGUGUCGGGUAUCGCUCGAAUGUACAUUGAGAUAACUAUAUCAGUCUGCAAAAGCAAUAGGUAGUUAUCGGGCCUCGCAAACACUAGUCUGAUAAUAUUCCUUGCUAAACAUUGUCGUUUAUGUUCUUACACUUAAAAUACAAGUUUCUAUAACAAUAAUAAUGGAUGUUUAUAGAAAUUUUAAUUAUGAGGUGCAACCGCCAAUUAUUUCGUUGACAGACUACCGGGAUCAGAGGUUACUGAUGGGAGUGGGACGCAGAACUAAUUCUGAAAUAGACACCUCCGAUGUGGUAAUAAAUGGCAACACGCUGACAGCGAAAAUGACUGUCAAUAACUACAAUAUCCCAUACGUUACCAAAAUGAGUCCCGAGCAAGUGAUUGGCGGCGUGGUGGGCUUCCAGGUGAAGGUGGUUACAGCCUUGACAGACGGACAGUCAUGCAACAUGACUAUGUACAAUAACUUAGUGUUCGUACAAUUUGUCAAGCGACGACAGAAUGACGAACUCAACUACGUGUUGAAGCUCACCGUCCCAGAACUAGAAAUAGAGGACAAACGUUUCACCAGUGACGACGGCACGUGGCACUUGAUCCACGAAAAUAAACGCCAGAAUUACACGUUUAACGUAAAUGUACAGUUGGAGGUAGUACCGCGCGUUAAUUCGUUCGCGAGCUUGCAUGACGACGAGGAGUUGACAGACUUUGAGCUGCGCGGGACGGAUGGGUCAGUCCGCAUGCAUCGCGCCGUGCUGGCUGCUGCUAGUCCUGUGCUGCGACGUAUGCUGGGUGGCGUGUGGCGUGAGACCGAGGAGGGCCGCGCCGAAAUGCCCGGCACCACGCGCGUAACACUGCAGGACCUUAAAACCUACUUAUACCUGCGCACGCUACCCGACACAGGCGUGGAGGAGCUGUUGCUGCUCUCGUCUUGCUAUAUGAUGCCAGAAUUGGAGAAGCGGUGCGUAGACAAGCUCGUGCAAAACAUAACCCCGGAGAAGACCCUCGAAAUGAUCGAGUUCGCGGCUAAGAACAAGAUGACACAGCUGAUGCUGGCGGUACUGGAUUGCGUGCAGUCCAGCAUCGUCCGCGUCGCCGACAUGCGGAAUCAUCUCCAGCAGCCCGAGUGAACCUGCAUUGCUGCCAAGCGGUGCUUUACGUUUGGACAAAAACUACAAACAACGUAGGUACAGUGAACGAGUAAAAAUUAAAAUAAGUUGAUGUAAAAAUAUGAAGGUCCUAUUUAUGUGCUAGAUGGCACAAAUGUGAUAUUGUAUUAUCAAAUUUGUAUCAUAGUCUGUUUUUAAUUCGAGAAUUUGUUCAAAGCUUAACAACGGCGCAACGGCGGACAAGUUGUGAACAUUAUUUUAUUGUUGCCAUACCGCAGUUUAAUCAUUAUUACCUACACAAAUAAUUCGGGGGGUACGCGUGAAAUUACAAGACUACGAAAUAAAACACAAUAUAACUAAUAUGCACAAUAGACCAAAAAUUAAAUUAUUAUAAGAUGCUAAUGGACGUGAGCAUUCACUUGAAACAGGACAUGGAGCAUUCGCCAUUUUUAUAUUUAUCGAACUGAACAACGAGCCGAGCAUAGAGCCACACAUUGCAACGAACAUUCUAGCGAAUGCUCUAGUCAAUGUCAGCCUUGAUGAAAUUUUAAUGUCAAUCGUUAGAACGCUCGAUCAGGAGAGCGUUUGCUCUCCAGAACUUAGUUUGCUAUCAUGUUUAUUUUAACAAAUCUACUAUUAUGAAAUCAAUGUCAUACAAUUCUACAACUAUUGUAAUUGCAAACUAAGGCCUCUGAACACUCGCUAGAAUGCUCGCUAAAGCGCUGUCGUAAUUUUUCUGAAAUAUUGCAAGGAUGCUCAUUACAAGCGAAUGCUUCAGUUUAUCAGCAGUCGGCAACUUUAUGGUCCAAUAUCCAGAGGCGGAUUAAAACUAGAUAGCGCCCUAGGCGCUUCAUAGGCGCCCCUAACUUUGGUGCCAACGCCACUGUGGGCAGUUGGGCACGCUCGUCUCGCGGCGCCCCUCCAUAUCCUGGCGCCCUAGACAUUCGCCUAGUUUAUCUUUUUAUAAUACGGCCCUGGAUAUUGGCAGAUAUGACUUACUAAAAUUUAUUUUUUGACUUUAUUUCUUAAUUAUAGUAGUAAUUUAAGCCAUUUUCUUUACAGAUAAAAUAUCUAAAUACUAUCAGUACGUUUUACUUUGACAUUAGCAUCGUUAUUGUAGGUAUGAACUAUUUCUGUUUUGCUCAACACUGACUUAGUAGGUAGGUUAUUUUCAGUCAGCUCGCGCUGUAAAG